AUGGAAGCAGGUAACGGCGCCCCACCUAUGACGAACCGGCUACCGACCACUGACAAUGACGGAACACACUCUCACAGCAAUGACUUGCACUCUCGUGACAGAGCGUUCAUCCUUAUGAACAAGCUCGCUCACGGGGGUUUCUACCAAGGGAGAGAGGCGGAUGAGGAGGCCAUACUUGCCUUCUGCAACAUACGCAAAGUUGCGAUUUCGCACACGAGGCAAGAAGAGUCAGGUGUGCCACCGAGAGCCCCGCCGGUCGCACUGCAAGAGUUUGCGGUCCCGGCGGCGGCGGCCUCGGCGGGUGUUGCGCUGCUGGCCUCGACCACGCAAGAGGUCGAUGUGCCCCCGGUUGCCCCACUGGCCCCACUGACACGUGAAGAGCCCGUGGCUGCGCUUGUCUCUGCCCCGUCCUGCGCUGGUGUAGCACCCGCGGUCUGGACGGAGACGCAGUCAACAGGACAGACCACCGAAAUGGACACAGUCGACCUGCCAGACGCGAACCUAGCCGAGGCCAUAGCCGAGGCGGAACGUCGCGACACUGACACAGACGCUACCCGCGCGCCCAGAAAGCGCCGGGCACUGACUACCGACGACUCGGACGCAACAUCACAGGCAUCUGACGCUGCGAGACCGCGGAAGAAGGCCCCUAGAGCCUCCCGCGUCCCUGCCGCGGUGUCUGGGAACACCGCUGCGGGCUCCUCCCGGAGCACCGCCAACCAGAGACCGAAGAAGAAAACACAGCGACCCCCAAGUUCGUCAGCUGCCUCACGGCUGCCUGACGCGGAGGGCUUUGUUGCCCCACCUAGGCGGCACACUGCCAGGGCCGCUGCACUGCAGCAAACGCAGCCGUUGCCGACGGCCAACAUGUUCGCGGCCGCCAACAUUGAUGACGAAGAUGAGGGCGACGCGCCGCCGGCGCCGCCCCAGAAGAAACCGCCGCCUAUUGUUGUCCAAUGGGACGGCAACUACAAAGAAUUCCAAAACAAACUUGACAGAGUGGCCACGACCACGACUGUCAAGAACGCCGGACGUGACCUUUACAAGGUCACGGUCGCCACAAAUGAAGAGUACCGCGCGGUGAUGGACACCGUCUGCAAGGACGGCCUCCCGGGUCGAGCGCAACAGAGAAGAGGAACUGCUCCUUCCCGCAAGACGCGCCCGUCAACGAGCUUUGCCGCCGCCACCAAGGGCGGUCCACCAGCCGCCUCCACCCGCCGACCGGAGCAGGACACGGGCGAGAAGCAGCAGCCGACUGCGUCGUCCACGGCUUCGCCUGCGGGGGUGGCAAACCCCGCACCCACGCCUGGGGAGCGGGAUGCCGCCCCGCGCAGGCGUCGCCGGCGCACGGCCCGAGCCUCCCCAGCCGCCACGCAACGACCUGCCGCCGACACCUUGCCGCAGCAGACGUCAGCAGAUCGUGCUGAGCCGCGACCGCGACCGACCGCCGAUGCUCCACGACGGUCGUCAACCCCGGAGCAGCUGCAGCCAGCUGCUCCAGUGGCGGAGGCCGCCCCAGCGGCCCCCACCGCCUCCAUUGCUCCUGAUGCAGCUGAACUCCGGGAUAUGCGUAGGCUCAUCGGGUGCGAUGACGCUGAGGGCGGCACGCCUCUCAACGAGACUACGCAAUCUCUCACCACUUCUGUUCUCGCCGCGACAGCCAAAGGCCCUAUGCUUCGAGUUUAG